AUGGAAUCUUAUAUUCAAAAUUUACCUAAAGAAUAUGCAACUGAACUUCAAGAGAAAAUCCAAGAUUUUAAGAGAUCGAACGGAAGGAAUAGUGCUCUUGGAGAUAAAAUCGUUUAUUUAAUAUUCGAUUGUCUCAAGAAACAUCCUGACACAUUUUGGGAUUUGAGCAAGAUUUUUCGGUAUGCAUUAAAUGACGGAUGUAGAAAAUUAAAGCUACCAAUGCAAAACAAUAUUGAUAAAAUAGUAUUUGAUAUUCGGUACAGUGAUUCUGUCAGAUGUUUGAAAGAUGACGAUGAAAAUUGGAAUAAAAUGUGAGUUCAUGAAUUAAGUUUGUUUCUUACACGUCUUAUUAUAUAAGUCUUCAGGAAGUUUAUUGUAAACAUAUCUAAUGAUUCCGGUUUCUGGGAAAAACAGUAUGUAUAUAAGAUAAUCAGUGAUUUAUUUCAAUCAAUAUCAUGUAAUUGCAAAAAUAAAUAUGAUGGGAAUAUUUGUGAUAACACAGCUUGUGUAGACAAUCAUGUUAGCCAAAAACAAUUCGAUGAAUUUCAAUUAAAAAGUGAAUAUCCAAUUCAAUGCGGAAUUUUGUAUCUGGAAGAGGUGCGAAAAUUGACAAAAAACAUACUAUUUCUCAGUAUCUCUACUUACUGGCUGAAAAGAUUGCGAAAAUUGUGGCGUUGUUUUGGCGAACAAACACAGGAAAUGAUUGAAAAUGUAUUGAAACAAUAUAACUUGAAUUUAUAUGAAGAAAUAGAACUGUUAAAGAAAAACCAUAAGGAGUAAGUUUUGUUUGUGAAAGAACUCGGAGAUUCGCUGGCCAGCUCGCCACCAGAUCGCUGCGGCCACCUGGAAACCGCAUGGCCGCCAGGUCGCCUUGAGUUUUCAGGCGACGUGGCCUGUGUGUUUGAAAUCCAGGAAAGCUGGCAAGACGGUGGUUUGCACUCAAAACACUGCAUUUUCUUUAAUUUUUUUCACUUCCUAAGGUUUCAAGUGCUGCGAAAAAACAGAAAAUGAGCCAAUUUCUUCAAAAAUGCCUCAAUUCACAAUUUUUUUCAGACAUUUUCAUGAAAAUUCAUUUUGACGUGGCGAAGUGGCCACCACAUGGCAGCCAUGUGGGCUUGACCUAGCCAGAGCCUGGCCACCUUGCCAGCAAAAAAAAACCGAGCGACAUGGUUUUCAUGUGGUUCCCAGGUUAGCCAGCCUCCCCACCUGGUGGCGAGCUGGCCAGCCAAUCUCUGAGAACAAAAACUAAUUUCGAAUGUUCAGAGAAAUUGAGAACGAAAAAUUGGAAUAUGAAAAGAAUAUUGAGGAAUUGAAUCGAGAAAAUGCGACAUUGAAAAAUGAAAUAGAACAGUGAGUAAAACAAUUUCAACUGAAAAUCAAACAAAAAUUUCAGAUGGAAAAAGAAUGAAGAACAGAUGAAAUCAAAGCACUCAACUAAAACGGCAGAACUUCAAAAAGUGAUUCAAGAAUUGAAUCAGAAGGUCGAGAAAAUUGUUGAACUCAAAAACAAAAAACAGGACGAUCAAAAAAAUAUUGAGGAACUGAAUCGAGAGAAUGAAAUAUUGAAGAAAAAGUGAGUGAUACGACCAAACUACAUGUAGAUUUUAAAUGUUUUCAGAUUGGAAAAAAGCGAAGAUCAAAUCAGAGCCAUAAAUGUUACCAGAACUAAGGAAUUCAGUGAUGAAAAAUUGAAGCUUCAAAAAAUAAUUCAAAAUUUGAAUCGAAAGAAUGUGGAAUUGAAAAACAAUGCGGAAAAGUGAGUUAUCGAAUAAUUAUUUGUUAUAUUUUGCAGGUUGAAAAGGAGCGAAAAUCAAAUCAAAGCUGAAAAUUUCAGAAUAAACACAGAAUUCAACGAAGAAAAAUUCAAACAUCAGGAGAAUUAUGCGAAGAUGAAUCGAGAAAAUGUACAAUUGAAAAAUUAUAUUGAAAAGUUAGAAAUCAUUUAGAAAUUGAAACAAAUUUGUUGUUUUUUUUCAGAUUAAAAGCUGAAAAUGCUGUCAGAAUUACAGAAUUGGAAUAUCAGAAGAAUGCGACAUCGAAGAAAGGGUGAGUAAAACAGACAUACAUUCAAAGCUCAAUAGAAAUAUUUUCAGAGAAAACCACGAGAUUGUUGAAAAUUUGAUGGCUGACAAUGAUAGAUUAACAAUUGAAUGUGUUGAAUUGAAAUCACAGUUGAAACAAGAAGGAAUUCAAAUUAUGGAUUUCAAAUUCAGAAUUGAAGAACUUGAAAAAACCAUCGAAAACCAAGCAUCUGAUUCGAAAAAUGCUUUCAAAAUGCGUAUAAAAUGCCCAAAUAUUCGUCGAAUUUAUGAAAAAUAUGAGAAAAUUCUAAUUUCUGACAUGAAUCUUCUAUACCCCAAAAUUCUAUCAAAUAUGGAUAAAUUGGUUCAAAUUCAUCCGAGAUCUAAAGAAAUUUUAAAAAUGCAAAUGGAAAUUUUGGAAUUCGACGACGGCGAAAAAAUUGAGGAAUAUUUGAGGAGAAUUAAUGAAGAUUAUUGGAAAAUUAUGAGAAAUCCGGGAAUUUCGAUGAAGGAAUUGGGAGAGGAAAUUGAAACAAUUCCAAGUGAUGAAUUCAUGGAAAAAUAUCAAAAAUUGAUCGAGGAAAAUAAUUUGGAACCUUGA